UUUGCACGGAACCUAUAACACCACCAGGAAGUGAAGGGCGGUGGUUGAGGAACGAAGAGGGUUAUUAGCCAAAAAACAACUUGUUUUGUGAGAAAUAAAACCUUCACAAUGUCUAGCAAAAGGGCUAAGGGAAAGACCACAAAGAAGCGCCCUCAGCGCGCCACGUCCAAUGUCUUUGCCAUGUUUGACCAGUCCCAAAUUCAGGAGUUCAAGGAGGCCUUCAACAUGAUCGAUCAGAACCGUGAUGGGUUUGUCGACAAAGAGGACCUUCACGACAUGCUUGCCUCAUUGGGGAAAAAUCCUAGUGACGACUACCUGGAGACCAUGAUGACGGAGGCUCCUGGGCCAAUCAACUUCACCAUGUUCCUGACCAUGUUUGGAGAGAAGCUCAAUGGCACAGACCCUGAGGAUGUGAUAAGAAAUGCAUUUGCUUGCUUCGAUGAGGAGGGGACAGGUUUCAUUCAGGAGGAUUAUCUCAGAGAGCUGCUCACAACAAUGGGUGACCGGUUUACAGACGAGGAAGUAGACGAGCUCUUCAGGGAAGCCCCCAUUGACAAGAAGAGUAACUUCAACUACGUGGAGUUCACUCGCAUCCUAAAGCACGGUGCCAAGGAUAAGGAUGAUUAAACACAACUUGCACAAUGCUGCGGCCCCCCACCACCACCACCUCCUUCACUCAGCUAGAUCACCGUGCUGCAUGUUUCAGCUUUCCUGAAAAGACCCGAUUCUGAACAAACCAAAGCAAUAAAUAUUCACUUUUGCUGUGAACUUUGAGUUUUUAAAAUCUCGUAAAAAUAUAAAGUGGCAGGAUUUUAGAAGCUUCGAGGGAGGGAUAUGACUUUGCAGUUCGUGCGAUCGUGUUUAGCUAAAUUUUUACAUUUUAUAUUAUAAACUUUUGAAAUAAAUCACACUGUCUGUAUUUUGCUGACAGUUUACCUCCCAUAAACGACACGUGUAACAAAA